AUGUCCUCCGAGCCAUCCAAGUCCGAAGGCCCGCCCGCCGCCGAGGCCACGGGCGUCAACACGCUCGGCCACGUCCGACUUCGCCACGAGGUGACCAACGAAAUCAUCCUCAUCCCCACGCCGUCCGAAGAUCCCAAGGACCCUCUCAACUGGCCCAGAGCUUUCAAGCUCUACACUGCCGUCGCAGUAUGCUUCGCCAUGAUCCUGUGCAACUUCCUGGCCGCCGGUCCAACUCUCGCCAUCCUACAAACAGCCCAAGACUUCUUCCCUAACUGGCAAGAGACGGGAAUGGCUGGCCCCAUUGCCAAGACGGCCUACUUCUUCAACUGCACCGCCCUGUUCCAAGGUCUCGGCAAUCUCGUCUGGAUGCCGCUCACCAACAAGUACGGUCGUCGCCCGGUCUACGUCGUGUCCUUUACCAUGUACCUCAUCACUGCCAUUUGGUGCUGCGUGGCCAAGGAGUACGCCAACUUUCUCGUUGCUCGAAUCGUCAUGGGUUUUGCCGCUGGAGCUGCAGAGUGCCUCGCGCCCAUUACCAUUGCCGAUGUCUUUUUCCUCCACGAGCGAGGUACAAUCACAGCCAUGUACAACGCCUCUCUGAAUCUCGGAGUCGCCCUCGGUGCCAUUGUCGACGGCUUCAUCGUCCGAUAUAAGCCGUGGCGGUACAUCUACUACGUCGCCAUUGCCCUCAUCGGCGCCGUGACGUUGAUUGUCUACUUCACCUUCCCCGAAACCGCCUACAACCGCAGUCCUGACGCCCAUGGCAUCACCACCACGCUGCACGCCGAGUCCGGGGCUUACCACCGCAAGACGGCCGAUGAGGAGAGCAACGCCGAACAUGUCGAGGUUACGCCCCGUCGCGAGGCAAAGGUCAGUGAUUUCCUGGUGCAGGGCCUGAAGCUCAACCACGGAACAUUCACCGAGGAGUCGCUCCUGAACAUGACUAUCCGUCCUGUUCUCCUGCUUGCCUUGCCUCCUGUGUUCUGGGCCACCAUGGUCAUGUCGGUAACCAUCGGCUUCAUCACGGCCAUUACAUCCAACGUGUCUCCCGCAUUCUCCACCGCGUACGGCUUCGAGGCGUGGCAGUCUGGCCUCUGCUUCUUCGCUGGAGUGAUCGGUGCUCUUCUGGGUAUCUUUUUCGGCGGAAACCUGUCGGAUUGGGUCGCUGACUACUUUACCCGUCGCAAUGGUGGUAUUCGUGAGCCGGAAAUGCGUCUCCCCGCCAUCAUGAUCAGUCUCAUCACCGGUCCCUUGUCACUAGUUCUCUAUGGAGUUGGCAUUGAAAAGGGCAUGCAUUGGAUAGUGCCUACUCUCGGCAUCGGUCUAAUCAACUUCACCAUCACGCAGGCCACAAACGUGUCACUGGUCUACACCAUCGACAGUUACCGACCCAUUGCAGGCGAGAUUGUCGUGACUCAGCUGGCCUUCAAGUCAGCCUUUGGUUUCUUGCUUGGAUUCUACACAAACCCCUGGGUCGACAAGAGUGGAUAUGCCGUUGCAUACGGUGAGAUGGCUGCCAUCUGUGGAGGUGUCCUCAUCUUCUGGAUCCCGCUAUUCCUCUGGGGCAAGAAGAUCCGCCAACAGACCAUCAGCUGGAGAAUCAUGAAGCACGCGCGCUGGGAUGUUGACAGAGAAGUCGGAGAGUAAAGGACAGCAUGAUUUAACACCCGAGCAGGGAAGCUUUGUUGUAUUGGUGUUUACUUUGUA